AUGAUGUUGUUGAUGAUGGUGGUAUAGAUGAUGAUGUUGACGAUGAAGUAUUGGAUGAUGAUGAUGAGAUGUCACAAACCAAGCGUCAAACAAGAUCUAUCGUCAAMAMAACACACCRCAWCRAUGMUACAAACAGUUCAAAAACAUCCAGCAAUAAAGAGAAGAGAGCACAAAGAAAGAGCAAAAAUUUGGUGUCACAGGAAAGCAGUCAAGUCUCAAACACUGAAGAAGUUAAUGAAAACCCAAAGGAAAACUCGACAGAUGAUGAGAAGAAAAACUCAGGGAAUGAAGACAAAAACGCAGGCAGAAAAAGUAUGCAUAAGAAUUCAUCUUCAGAUGAAGACAAAAGCGACAACAAAAGUGACCAGACUACUAGAAAAUCAAGAGGAAGACCAAGGAAAUCUACUCGAUCACUGGUUGAAACAUCUCAAUGUGAUGAGGUGCUAGGAUCAAWUGAUAUGAAUGACUGCACAGAUCAGACUCAUACCGACCACAACAGGGGCAGCCAAGCUGACAACACCAAAGACAGUCAGAUUGACAAUGGGCAGAAUAAUCAAACAGACAUCUCUAAGGUCAGUCAAAACGACCACACCAAUGACACCCUGGACUGUCAUGAUUCUCAAGUGUCCAUGAGCAAUGAUUAUGAAGCAGACGAGUCCAAGACCAUGUCAGACAGCAAAAAGUCAGCAUCAGAGAGCAAAGACGAUAAAAAGAGCAAAAAGAAACGACGCAAAAAGACAAGUGUUAUACCAAAACAACUGAAGAACGCAAACAGAAAGCGAGGAGGGAGAAARUUACCCAAAGAUAACACAAGCAGAAGUGGAGUAGAGUCAAAUGCAUCGUCAGAUGAAAGUAGCAAGGCAGAGAAGGUGAACAAGAGAGGGAAACGAAAAACACAAAACCAAGGUACCAUCCAAGAUAAUUCUCAAUUAGGACAAACAUCAGAUGUUAAUGAAGACAUACCAGUCGCAACCGAUGAAGACUACCAGUCAGUUCAUGAUACAAUAAAAAGUGAUACUAUACCAAGUGAUAAAGCACUUUCGACAGGUGAAGAUGAUGAGUCUAAAGCCACAUACGAUGAUGAAAACAUAACCCACCAAGACAGCAGAAAGAGAAGAGGACAAGAAAACAAAGACACAGAAACUACUGUUAACAAGAAAUCACGAUCAAGAAACAAAUCAAACAUAAACCAAACGGCAAUGCAUAGUACUUCUGAAGAUGACAACCAGUCUGACAGUGCAAUGGUGACCAGGAAGACCAGACAACAAGACAAGAACAACACUAGAAGUAUCAACAAUAAUACUCGAUCAAGAAAAAGACGCAAUAACUCUUCAGAAUCAAGCACAGGAUCUGAUAACGACAGCCAGUCUGAAAAAGAAAAACCAAGAAAGACCAGGAAAAAGAACAAGCAAGACAAAAAUGAAACAACAAUCAAUGAAAAGUCCCAAACGAGAAGCCGAUCAAUCCUCGAUGACAACCCACCUGAGACUAACACCCCUAUGAUGACCAAAAGCCCUUUCCUCCAUCCAAAAGGAUCAACGAUUAUCAAGUCCAUCUUAAAAUCAAGUUUACCAAGAACUGGAAACUCCGACUCUAAAAAUCGUAGAGUUAGUAUUGCAGCAAAGAGAAAUGAAGUAAAGAGUCCUGAACUGAACAGCGCCAGAAAAAACGACAGACGAUCAUCGGUGAGCUUCGCGGCAACUCCGUCAUUCCGAGUUUCACCCGAUGACUUUACGACGCCAGAAGACACUCCACUCGGUUACCCUACGAUGUCUUUUGUGUCCGAUUCAAGUUCUUACACACUAGGGGAGAGUACUUUUACACCGGGUAGCAGUAUAUCGCUUUCAUCAACGAUCUCGUCUGUAGGGUCAGCAUCAAGACUGUCUCCUGUCAGUAGUACAUUUAACGAGUCUCAAGAAGUUACUAUCACUAGUGCUAAACGACAACAAGUUGAAGAAGUCCAGGAAGACGUUAUCAGGCGCAGUAAAAGAACMAAAGUACCGCCUGUACAAUACUGGAAGAACGAGAGGAUAAAAUACGAGAGAAGGAAGUCAGGUUGGUAUAUUGACGGAAUCGAGAGCGUCCCAACACCUAAAGUACCAAAACGAAAAGCCAGGAAAGCUAGAAAGAAAAAAGAGAGAGUAGCAGCUCAGAGUGUGUAUGAUGGAUAUGGUGGCGACGAGCCGCAAACGUUUAAUGGUGUUCCCACAGAUUUCGACGAGACGUUGUGUGAACCUGUUCCUGUUAUCAAUCCCUUUGAUGGACAAGAAGUCAAACUAGAACUGUUACAUACCCCUGAAAUGCUUCAAUUCGUGAACACGUCACAAGACCCUGCAGGUCCUGAYGAUCCGUUAGUCAUAGACAAGUUCAUAUCCCAUACUUCAUUUGGUAUAGGACAGCUCGUCCUAAGGCCUGGAGCCGAGAAAGGGAAGCAACAUGUACGACGGGACACAAUGGCAUUUCAUGUACUUACUGGACAAGUAGAAGUCACCAUCCAUCAAACAACGGCGCUGUUACGAGCUGGAUCAACCUUCUACGUACCAGAAGGAAAUUGUUACAAUUUGAAAAACACCAACGACACAGACACAAGAUUGUUCUUUAUACAAAUCAAAUCACAAGACUGACAGCUAUAAGUAUUGAUCGUUAGUAGUAUUUACUAUUGAUAGUUUAUGAGUAGUCUAACGUAGGAAAACGUUUGGUCUAUCCCUUCAAGGCGAAUGGGACUAAAGACUAACUGAGAGAGGCAUGCAAAAAUGAACUUGUAAGAAGUCAAAGUUGUAUUUCACUAAGCUGUAAGGGACCUAUAGGUGUAUAUAUCAGUCAGCGUAUUUUAGACAUACACGAAAGCAGUCAUGGCUAACGUAACAUUAGGUCAGUAAUGUGUUUUUGUGAUUUCUCAUAGGACAAGAUUUUUAAAUCCAGGUCUGAUUGUUCAAUAAGUUUUAGGCUCAUAAUAAAAAAAGUUAAACAAGCAAAAGAACAAAAAUACUAAUAAAACGUUAGCGUUA